CAAGCAGAGCUGAACUAACAUGGCAGAAGUGAUCCUUCUCUUCCUUUCAGUGGUCACCCUGCUAAGCUUUCCGACUACAAAAGCCGUCUACAUCUACCAUAGCUGCCCCAACACCACCGUCUUCACCCCAAACUCCACCUUCCAGUCCAACCUCAACCACCUCCUCUCCACUCUCUCCUCCAACGCCACACGCACUGGCUUCUACAACGCCACCUCCGGCCGUACCCCUAACGACACCGUCUACGGCCUCUUCCUCUGCCGUGGUGACGUCACCACCACCGCUUGCAAGUCCUGCGUGACCACCGCAACCUCCGAGGUCGUGCAGCGCUGCCCGGUCGAGAGAGAGGUUGUGAUAUGGUACAAUGACUGCAUGCUACGCUACUCCAACAAGUCCUUCUUCUCUGUCGCCUCCGAGUCGCCGAAAAUGUUCGCGUGGAACACCCAAAACGUCAGCAUCGAACCGAACCGGUUUAGCCAGGUUUUGGCGAACUUGACGGAGGUUGCCACGGCGGCCGCGAACAGCGGCGAAAAGUUCGCGACGAGAGAGGUGAACUUCACGGGGUUGAUUAGCUUGUACAGUUUGGAGCAGUGCACGCAGGACUUGUCUAGUUCUGAUUGCAAUUGGUGUCUUGUACGAGCCAUAGCGGAGUUGCCAACUUGCUGCAGCCGGAAGAUAGGAGGACGAGUUCUGUAUCCGAGUUGUAAUGUUAGGUAUGAAGUUUAUCCCUUUUAUAACUCGACGUCAGCACUGGCGCCGGCGCCAGGGGCUCGGCCUCUUUCUCCGCCAAGCUCAGUGACGAAAGGAAAAAGUAAACUGUCAGCCAUGGUCAUUCCUAGCAUUCUUGCUCCCGUUGCUCUCUCUGUGCUAGUUGUGGUUGUGGCCAGAUGUUUCAUUUGCAAAUUAAAAAGAGCCAAACGACAACUAAAUGAAGCCGAAAAUGAUAUGACAACUGUUGAAUCCUUGCAAUUUGACUUGGGAACUGUCGAAGCUGCCACAAAAAAGUUUUCUGCCGAUAACAUGUUAGGUGAAGGCGGAUUUGGUCAAGUUUUCAAGGGAACACUUGAUAAUGGACAAGAAAUAGCUGUGAAGAGGCUGUCAAAAAGCUCUGGACAAGGUGUACGAGAGUUUAAGAACGAGGUUUUGUUGGUAGCAAAGCUUCAACACAGGAAUCUUGUAAAGCUUCUAGGGUUUUGCUUGGAAGGAGAAGAAACACUACUUGUCUAUGAAUAUGUGCCCAACAAAAGUCUUGAUUAUUUUCUAUUUGAAGCCAAAAAGAGAGAACAACUGGAUUGGUCAAGACGCUGCACCAUAAUAGGAGGAAUCGCUCGAGGAAUCCUCUAUCUUCAUGAAGAUUCUAGGCUUCGAGUUAUACAUCGUGAUUUGAAAGCUAGCAAUAUCUUGUUGGAUGCCAAUAUGAAUCCAAAAAUUUCAGAUUUUGGAAUGGCAAGAAUGUUUGGAGUUGAUGAUCAAACACAAGGAAACACACGGAGAAUUGUCGGCACAUAUGGUUACAUGGCUCCAGAAUAUGCUAUGGAGGGAUUGUAUUCUGUAAAAUCUGAUGUCUUCAGCUUCGGAAUACUCUUACUUGAGAUCCUAACGGGAAGAAAGAACAUUUUAGGCUUUCAUCCCACAAAUUCUGCACCAACUCUUCUCAGUUUUGCUUGGCAAUUAUGGAAUGAAGGGAAAGUGUUGGAGUUGAUGGAUCCAAUGCUGAAAGAUUCCUGCAAUCCAAAUGAGUUCUUGAGAUGCAUCCACAUUGGAUUAUUGUGUAUUCAAGAAGACGCAAAAAAUAGGCCAACCAUGUCAUCGGUUGUUCUAAUGUUAAAGAGUGAAAGUAUCAGCCUUUCCAAGCCUGAGCGACCUGCCUUCUUUACAGGAAGAUCUAUCAAUGAUCACUGCCAUACAUUAGGGGAUUUACCUAGUUUCUCUGUCAAUGCUUUGACAAUUUCUGAUGAUAUCCCACGCUGAGCUAGAUGAAAAUUGUUGCAGUUCAUUCAUUCAUGGAGCCCUUGGUUUUGGCCUGGACAUAUAUGGCAUUGUCAUUGCCUCAUCAUAUCGGCCAAUUCCGUUUCCACCUUCGUUCCUCUGAUCUUAGUCUUCUUCUUCUUUUUUUCAAUGAAUUUGACUAUCGAUUGAGAACUGAUAUACUUCUCAACAGACAAAUACUUUUCUGGGCAAUUAAUAAC